GGGGGCGGGCUUCAAACACGCUAUGCAUGUUGCUGGGCCUGGGGGCCGGGCGGCUGUUUCCUGUCCUGGUGCAUGGUGGUCGGACGGAGGAAUUGUUGGAAAAUUUUCUCGGAGGUAGAAAAUGUUGUUAGCCCAAAUAAAUCGAGAUUCCCAGGGAAUGACAGAGUUUCCCGGAGGAGGAAUGGAGGCUCAGCACGUAACCUUAUGCCUCACAGAGGCAGUGACAGUGGCAGAUGGUGACAAUUUAGAAAAUAUGGAAGGUGUGAGCUUGCAAGCGGUGACACUCGCUGACGGCUCCACUGCUUACAUACAGCACAAUUCGAAAGAUGGAAAACUCAUUGAUGGGCAGGUCAUUCAAUUGGAAGAUGGUUCCGCUGCUUAUGUUCAGCACGUACCCAUACCUAAAAGUACAGGGGACAGUUUGCGUCUGGAGGAUGGUCAAGCAGUGCAGUUGGAAGACGGAACUACAGCAUUUAUUCACCAUGCCUCCAAAGAUAGUUAUGACCAGAGUGCAUUACAGGCGGUCCAGCUGGAAGAUGGUACCACAGCCUAUAUCCACCACGCAGUGCAAGUCCCACAGUCUGACACCAUCCUGGCAAUUCAGGCUGAUGGGACAGUGGCAGGGCUGCAUACUGGGGAUGCUACCAUUGACCCUGACACCAUCAGUGCUUUGGAGCAGUAUGCAGCGAAGGUAUCCAUUGAUGGAAGUGAAAGUGUAACUGGUACUGGAAUGAUUGGAGACAACGAGCAAGAGAAAAAAAUGCAGAUUGUCCUACAAGGACAUGCAACAAGAGUAACCGCUAAAUCUCAACAGAGUGGAGAAAAGGCGUUUCGAUGUGAAUAUGAUGGAUGUGGAAAAUUAUAUACAACAGCUCACCAUCUAAAGGUCCACGAGAGGUCACACACAGGAGACCGGCCUUAUCAGUGUGAGCAUGCAGGCUGUGGGAAAGCAUUUGCAACAGGUUAUGGAUUAAAAAGUCAUUUCAGAACUCAUACAGGAGAAAAGCCAUAUCGAUGUUCAGAAGAUAAUUGUACUAAAUCUUUCAAAACUUCAGGAGACCUACAGAAACAUAUCAGAACUCAUACAGGAGAAAGACCUUUUAAGUGUCCCUUUGAAGGUUGUGGUCGGUCCUUUACGACAUCAAAUAUCAGAAAAGUGCACGUUAGGACACACACAGGAGAAAGACCUUAUUACUGCACAGAACCAGGAUGUGGCAGGGCAUUUGCCAGUGCAACCAACUAUAAAAACCAUGUGAGGAUACACACAGGGGAAAAGCCAUAUGUUUGUACAGUUCCUGGGUGCGACAAAAGGUUUACAGAGUAUUCCAGUUUAUACAAACACCAUGUUGUUCACACUCACUCCAAACCGUACAACUGUAACCACUGCGGGAAAACAUACAAGCAGAUCUCCACACUGGCCAUGCACAAGCGGACGGCGCACAACGACACAGAGCCCAUCGAGGAGGAGCAAGAAGCCUUCUUCGAGCCUCCUCCAGGUCAAGGUGACGAUGUUCUUAAAGGGUCCCAGAUCACAUAUGUUACAGGUGUAGAAGGAGAUGAUGUUGUUUCUACACAAGUGGCCACAGUAACCCAGUCUGGGUUGAGUCAGCAGGUGACACUCAUAUCGCAGGAUGGGACUCAGCAUGUGAAUAUAUCUCAAGCUGACAUGCAGGCCAUUGGCAAUACCAUCACAAUGGUAACACAGGAUGGCACACCAAUCACAGUCCCUGCUCAUGAUGCAGUCAUCUCCUCAGCAGGAACACAUUCUGUUGCAAUGGUCACUGCCGAGGGUACAGAAGGGCAGCAGGUUGCGAUUGUGGCUCAAGACCUAGCAGCGUUCCACACGGCCUCCUCAGAGAUGGGGCACCAGCAGCAACACAGCCAUCACUUAGUCACCACAGAAACCAGGCCCCUGACCCUAGUGGCCACCUCCAAUGGCACCCAGAUUGCAGUUCAGCUUGGAGAACAGCCAUCUCUGGAAGAAGCCAUCAGGAUAGCAUCUAGGAUUCAACAAGGAGAAACGCCAGGGUUGGAUGAUUAAUCCUCAGAACAAUAGAGCAAUAAAGCGAGAGGAACCUUUGAUGUGGCAGCAGAAAUCUCUGAAGCCCGAGCCCAGGAAAACCAGUUUUCCAUUCCUGAUACACUGUACACAUUUUUAUGCAAGAGUGGGAAACAUUUUAUUCUUGACACUUUGUGUGUUUAACCCUUGGAAUAGAUUCCCAAAGUGAUUCAUUGUGUACAAGAAAGUAUGAAAUUAGGGCAAUACAGUAAAUUGUCAUGUUACCCUUUUAUCAGAUUGCAAACUCCUAGAGACUACUUGCAAGACCAGUGAAGUCUGUACAGAAUCUUAUUAUGGAUUUUUUAACUUACUGUGAAAAAAUAAAGGCUGUAUCUAAAAUGUGGAAGGUUCUACAUAUCAAACAAUCAUAAUUCCAAAAGCCAUCAUGGACAGUAAAGGAUGUAAAGCCUUCAGGUAUUUCCCCUGUUAGUAGUGUCUUUGGGUUUUGUUCUACUGUGUACUUGCCCAUUUUUAUUUGUAUCUCAUGGUUUGAAGACUAUUUGUUUAUAGUUUCCAUGUUACAUACCAGCUCCUCAAGCUGAAAUGCUAACUAUAUUAGCAUUGCAUUGGAUUAUGUAUAAAACUACAAAGUUUUGUUAUUUAAAAUUAAAAAAUGUUAAAUCUAGGGUUUUGUUAAAGAUCUCACUUAGUGUUCAGUUUUGUUUGGUUCUGAUUUUUUGUUGUUGUUUCUACUGUUUUGUUUUGUUUUGUUUUGUUUUGUUUUUAAAUAAUGAACUGUCGAAGUUUGACCACAGAUUGGUACCUGGGAUAACAGUGCUGUAAUGGGAAAUGGCUUUACUCUGAAAAUUAGGUUAGCGGGGUUGGUGUAAAUUUAUUUAUUUUUGCUUAUGUACUUUCGUUUUAAAGCUUAUUUACCCUAAAGUUUAUUAAUUUUGAAUACAGCAACUUUUAAAAUGUUA